AAGACGUUUAGUGUGCCAGCACCUCUAAGGAAUUCGAUUAAUGGCAAAACAUUUUUCUUCGGAUUCUACCCGCAAAAUAAAAAUCAAAACUAUCUGCAAAAUAUCUAAAAUCAGUAGUCCUUGCAUAGUGGAUGCAAGGCAGUCAAGCUACCAGCAAAGUCAUCGAUCACUCCAAAUCCAAAUCAAAAUACACAAAUUAUGGUGAAGGACUAUACACACACCAAUUGGAAAUAGCAUAACACUUUAUACCCGAACUUAACCUGAGAGUGAUAAAGAAACUUUUGUAUACAGUGUAUCUAUUCAUAAAUGGUUUCUACUUUCAUUGGCCUCCUUGAUAUUCAAUCAUGGUGGGAGAUACCGUGCAUAUCUCAUUUUUGUUCGUUGUUUAGUUCAGCAUUUGAUCUACCAGAUAUUGACAUAGAAGAUUUAGAGUCAGCUCUUUUAUGCGAUGGCACCGACUACCAAGUUGGCUUAGUUCCUGAGCUUAUUGUUCGUCUCUUGAAAGGUUGCGAUGCUCUCAAGUGUGUUGCAAAUGACAUCACAACGAGCAAUUAUCAGAUGUUCUUAAGGCGUUACUUACGCCAACAGUGUCGCACACAUAAUAUAGAAAAUCAUUUUGAUACGGAUAUCGAUUUUCAAUCAUUAGCGGUUCGCAAGCGUUUACUCAUUUUACACGCACUAUGUCAUUUUCGAUUAGAAUCCCGAGAUGUUGAAGUGAUUCUCAGCAACCUAGAAGCAGACAGUCUUCGGGUGGAGCCGUUGGGAUAUGAUUCCAAAAACUCCGGAUAUUGGUAUUUCUAUGGAACGCGACUCUACCGCGAAGACACAAAACAAAAUAAUAAAACCAAAAUCUGGCAAGUGAUUUGCUUCACUGAAGAAGAUUGGCAGAAUCUAGCAAGCAAAUUUAAGUCGGCUACAAAUGUCAAAGAAAAAGCGCUUUAUAAUAUACUAAAUGAAAACUUUUUACCGAAACUGCCACAGCUGUUUCGAGAACGGGAAAAACUUCGAAGAAAGAAAUUACUUCAAACUCGGAACUCAAGUCGUAUCCGAAAUUUAGUUGAAGUUAAGGCGCGUCAGGAACAAGAGCGAGUUAAAGCGGAACGCCUUGAAAGAGCUCGUUUAGAACAGCGUAUACUUCUUGAGCCGCCCCGAAUAGCAUCAUCAAAAAGCCGAAGAAGACGCUCCCAGUCUACUUCAACUGCUAGUGGUAUAUCAACAUAUGCAAGUUCAAUAAGACCCACAACUAAUUCCAGUGAUUUUUUAUAUCAGAGAGAAACCUUUUGCUUAACACCAGACGAUGUAGGCGCUGAAUCGACAUCGACUAAUACAGGAAAUCAGGCCGAUCAAGCAUCACAAGGCAACCCAGACGAAAUUCAAACUUUUGAAGACAACCAGAAUCUAGACUUGAAUACUACAACUCAACAACAACACAAACUAAAAAAACCGAAUUUAUUAACUAAAAAGACUCGAAAAACUAGAGAAAGUGGUGAUUGUUCUUCUUCAACAACUGAGGACAAGGAGAAUUACCGCUACAUAUCCGAUUCAGAAUCUGAGUCGGAAAAUAAUAUGGCACCAACUACAAAUAUAAAAUUGCCUGGCAGGCAGACAAACAAUUCCCUAUCGUCCUUACCGGGAAAUAUUUUUAUUCCGCCUUUGAGUGAAGGCAAAGAUCAAGAACCACCACCAGCUCGAAGAGCUAGCAAUUCUGGAAGCAAGUCGGGUGGGAAGAAACAAAAGAAUCCACCAACAACAGCAUCAGUUGCGUCGACAUCAUCAGCCUCAACUGUGCGUGCUGGUACAUCGGCAAUUAAUGCUGAACAAACAGUUAAGAGUAAAAAGAAAACCUCAUCUAAGUCCUCAUCAGAAGAUGUAACGUCGUCAUCGAACAGCGGUACGAAUAAAUAUUUCUAUAGCACAACCAAUAUUAGUCAAACAAAUCCAAGCAUUCUGAUAAACAACAAAAACUUCAACAAAAAUCCUCCGAAUUUUCUUAGUUUUACCGAAACCGACGAAGUGCUUCAAAUCGGCAUGCAUAAGGUUCUAGUUUAUGUGAAGAACCACCGAGACGCCUGGCCAUUUAUGGACCCCGUCGAGGAAGACAUCGCCCCCAGAUAUUAUACGAUCAUAAGAAGGCCGAUGGACCUUUUAAAAAUGGAAGACAAACUUGAUAAUGGGGAGUACAACAAGUUUAGCGAAUUCAGAAAUGAUUUCAAACUAAUAGUCAACAAUUGUAGGCUGUACAAUGGACAAAAUAACGAAUACACAGAAAUGGUUAACAAUCUGCAGGAAGCGUUUGAUAAAGCAACUAAAAAAUAUUUCGACCACAUGUCGGACGAUGAUGAUGAUUCUGCAAACCUUAACUAUCCUGACUCCAAAAUGAACGUCUUCCGAGAGAAGUAUUUCAAUAAGGAAAACUCCGAAGGCGAUGAGGAAAAUAAUGUGGCGGGUGCGCUUAGCAAGAAGACUCAUACAAAAUUGGAAAAACAUAAUUCUAAAAAGCCAGAUAAAAACGAAGAAGGAACAGAAGACGAGGAGAAAAUCGAAAGCGAAGUUAUUCAAGAGUCUGCAAGUCGUUCGAAUAAGAGGAAGAGAAAAGAUAAGGACAAACGAAGAAAGAAGAAAUCCAAGAGUAAACCUGUAGAGGAAAUUCCAGAUGAGGAUAAUUGUAGUUCGCCUGAAGACGAAGCAAAGUCUCGUAAGAAGAAGGAUGACCCGGGAACCUCAUGUGGCAGAAAGACGAAGAAAAAAACAAGUAUAAAGCAGAAUGGCGAAAGUAAGAAGAAGCAAAAGAUCAAUGCCACGUCGAAUUCGAAACGAGCACAUAAAAAUGGUGAAACUGGAGACGAAUCGGAAUCGGAGGAUGAAAAAAUAAGUGAAGUAAGCAAACCGCCUGCGAAGGUACAAGAAAAAAGUUCUGCCGCGGGCCAAAAAUCUAAAAAAGGAACAACAGAAGUUUCGAAAAAGAGAAAAAGUCGGGCGAAACGAUCAACAUCCGUGAAUGCAACUGCUCGAUCAAAAGCUCUUGCUGCAAGAAAUAAGAGUCAAGCAGGUCGAGCUGAAUAUUUAGAAGCUGCCAAAGUCAAGGAAUUAGAUGAAGAAAAUGUUAAUGAAGAUGAUGAUGAAGAGGAAAAGGAGGAAUCAAGAUCUCGCAGUGUUUCUCCUUUCAAAGUCGAUUUGCAUAAAAAAUAUGCCAAAAGUGCACUUAUUGAUGAUUCCAAGGAGGAAUACGACGAAGAUGAUUUUAGAUCAGUUUCCACACGAAGUAGUUCAAGGGAAUCGUCUAUUGAACGUCCACCAACGCCUCCGGUGGUGGAAAUUCCAAAGCCAUCUACAUCAAAGCAACAGACCAAAAAGCCAGAGUACCGAAAAGAAAACUCAACAGGAAGUAUCUCCGACCAAUCCGUUGCUAAGAGCGACAAAAUAUCAACAACUCCUCUGGAUGUUCCGCUUUUCUUAGACAAGUAUGACUUGAUAAAACAACGGCGAAGUCGAACGAAUAAUACUGAAGAAAAAGUAAGCACAGUAACAGCGGCUAAAAAAGAACCAAAAAAGAUGACUUCGGCUGCUGCUACCUCUUCACCGAACGCACCUUCUACAGGACGCUCUAGAGUUCAGAGGGAGUCUACUGAUAAGUCUAAAGCUAAAGUCAAAGACUUCGCAGAAGAAAAGCAACCUUCAUCAAAAGAUCAGAAAAGUGAAGAUAUGGAGAAGAAGGCAUCAGCUGAGAAAACAACUAAAGUUGAAGAAAACCAGUUUGCAUUGAAAGAUGUUGAACCACCAAAGACAACAACCAGCAAAGCACCAAAAAAGUCUACAAUAAAUUCAGCCGCAGUAAAGAAGCCAGCGAAAGACACUGAAAAACCAGCAACCAAGAAGACACCUGCAAGAAAAGCGGCUUCAUCUGCUGCCGCUGCUACACCUGCACCGGUUUCGCCCCCAAUGGAAAGCCCAUCAAAAUCAAAAUCGACUGCCGCUACUGGUAAAGCAACCAACUUGGAAGCACUUGAGUUAGAAACAGAGCAGACAUUAAAAGAUAUUAAUCGCUGGCUAGAGCAUACACCUCGCUUCCCUGAAUUCAGUUCGGCCAGUAACUCACCAUCGCGUUACAAUGCUCUUUUAGAUGAUUUCGACUCUGUGUCAACGAAACUCGAUCCUGCUGAUUUUCGACGCCCAGUGCCUAUUACAACUCCAAAAAUUGACUUAGUUCCGAAGCUUGCGGAAUCUCUGGACGAUUUGGUAGCCGAGGCAGAAGUGCCGUCUUGUAAAAAGGACUUGAUAGUCGAACUUAUACCAACAAUUGGACCAAGCAGUGUCAGUUCAAGUUGCGGAACUCCACCGCAUUCGAGUAAUUCCAAUAACUCGGGUGGAAGUACAAGUGUGAACGCAUCAUCCACUUCAUCAACAGCAAUGAUUCCUCCAGUCAUACCGCCAAAGCCCAAAGAACCAUCCACGAUUCAACUUUUAGUCAAUCCUCCUCCACCACCACACAUUAAAAAUCAAAUGCAAAAAGAAGCCAAGAGAAAGUCGCUUAAAGAGAAGCUUGCUGCAGGUGCGAAUCCAAGGCGAAAAGACUUAGUGGGAACUAUUGAUCGUUUGAAACCAGGCAAGACAAAAGGUAAUCUUAUUCAAAGUGUUGCCAAACCCGAUGAACUCUUUCCGCCUGGAGUGCAGCAAAAAGUUAAGGAGAUUAAAAAUGCUCUCGUUGUGAAGACCGACGAUAGUGUUCCGAAGUUAAGCUUAGGCAGCGUUCUGGAUAAUGAUGGCUUUGGCCUCGGACACUCCCAUAGUUUCGUAGAUAGGGACAAAACGGAAACUAUUUCAGAGAAAAAAGAUGAACUUGCUAAGCCUAUUGAUAAGCCACUUGAAAAUGAGACUGAAAAGUCCUCUUCAAGCUUAAAUGAGACUCCGUUUGAGGUGAAAAAAGUGAGUAACCCUGAACCUAAAGGCGAUACGUCAUCGGCUACACCGAAUUUGAGUGCAUGGCUUAAGGCAUUUGGGGUUCCCAAGAAAACCAAAAAAAUUGAGGAGGAAGAAAACAAACAACAGCUUUUGAAACCAAACGAAGUCCCAGUUACUGAUAAACCAUCUGAAACAUCAAGUACUUCCUUAAACGCUAUGAAAUCUCCAUCAGAUAAUAAUAACUUUUCGCAACCACCGCCUCGUACCCGAAAAGCCAGUACAGGAAGCACAAUUUCGGAAAGGUCUUCUUUCAGUCAAGAUCCUGACAGUCCACGCAUUGCAAUCGACGAGCGUUUUGGGUCUUAUUCAGGAAAUUAUACCUCACCUAUUGGGGCGUCACCUAUUGGAGCCUCACCCAUCAUGGUUUCUCCAAAGCCAGAAGAUGUGGGAAAACCCAAUUCUCCAUACCCGUUGAACGGUACUAUCAAAGUUGGAUUCUAUCAGGACACCACUACAAAAAGUUCUCCCGAUAAGAGCUGCAGUCCGCGGGAACUCCCAUCGCCUUAUCCACAGUACUCACAGCAUAUUUAUUCGUCAGCAUCGUCACCCAACGUGUCUACAACUGAGAUGAGUGGAAAUUCACCCUAUGGCGGAAAUAGUUAUGCACCCUCUGCAGGGUCUGAAGCAAGCAAGACACCAGUUUACUCGUCCACAUCACCGAUACCCAAUCUGUAUGAGCAAUAUAAACAACCCCAAUCCCAGGAAUCUGAUUACAACUCUUCGAUGUCACCGAGCACACCAAAUCCACAUUCCCCCUACCAAGCGGGAGCAAACUCCCCUUACCAACAUCCAGCACAGUCGCCAUACCAAAAUCCAAAUUCACCAUAUCAGCAGCCAACGGCUCCGGUAGUGCAAACCCAACAACAAGCAUCAGUUUCCCAAAACUUAACCUUCCAACCAACACCCAUUGACACUCCAGUUGUGGCCCAAAAUACUGUUCCAAAUCAACAAACUGGUGAUACCACAGCUGUGCCAGAACUGCAGCAGCAAAGCUCCCCCUACCAGCAACCUUCGAACUCCCCAUACCAACAGCAACAAAGUUCGCCAUACACUCCGAGCAGUGUUGGCUCUGCAUAUCAGCCUCCAAAUGUUUUCCAAGAUGCGACUAAUAAUCCCUCACAGCAAUCUCCCAAAAUAGCUAAACUUGCAGUGCCAAGUAACCCACAACCAGCGCAACAAACCGUUCCCCAAACUGAUAUUCCAACAUACGAUACGACUCAGCAGUAUCUUGCCUAUCAACAGCAACAGACAUCUUGUCAACAGCAACAACAACAGCAACAGCAGCCACAGCAAGAUGCAACUAUGCGAUCUAUGUUCAACCUUAACAAAACAACAGAUUGGAAUAUGUCACAAGUUACCGAGCAAUUUCAUCCACCAACUUACGCCCAAUACACUUUGGCUGCUAUGAGCAAAGACCUGUCAACACCAAAGCCUCAAGAUCAAUACCUUCAGGACCAACAGAAUAACGCCAACACAAAUCCCCUGAAACGUCAUUUAGAAAACGAAAAUGAUGUUCUGAACCCAGACUAUAACAAUAAAGUGGCGAAGCGGACUGAUCCUCAACAACAACUGCAACAACAGCAGCAGCAGCAGCAGCAGCAGCAACAACAACAACAACAGCAGCAACAACAGCAGCAGCAACAACAACAGCAAGCUCAGCAACAGCAGGCUCAGCAACAACAACAGGCUCAACAACAACAACAAGCUCAGCAACAACAGCAGGCUCAGCAACAACAGCAGCAGGCUCAGCAACAACAACAACAGAGACAACAACAGCAGCAGCAGCAACAACAACAACAACAACAGCAACAGCAACCAAGCAAGCAACAGCAGAUGUAUGAUAGCUUUUUGGGUUCGAUCGGUUAUGGGAAGCACUUGGAUAUACCACCAAAUAAAGCAUUUGAUAUUUAUAAUCGGGCAGCCAAUAUGGGUUACUCCAAAGAAUACUCAAAUCCGACUGCGGUCAAAGACUCAUCCCUUCAACAGCAACAACAACAACAACCACAACAAACCCAACAACCCGUUGUAGAUAACAACAGCUUAUUGACGAAACCGCUUAAUAUGGCAAAUUCCAACACUUUCAAUACACCACAGCAAUUGCAACAACAACAACAGGUUCAACAACAGCAAGUUCAACAACAGCAAGUUCAACAGCAACAACAGGUUCAGCAACAACAGGUUCAACAACAACAACAGGUUCAGCAACAGCAGGCUCAACAACAACAGCAACAACAACAAAAUAUCUACACCAAACCACAAAACUCUUACCCCACAAACCUCUCACAAGCAUCUUCUUCCGUUGCAAUUGACAAACCAAAUGAUUCUUUAAUUAGUCAUCUAAAUAGUUACAAGCCGCAAACUUAUGGGAGUCCAACCUCAUCAUUGCUUAACAUAAAUCAUCACCCUCUCUCUUCCGUGAUGGAUGAAACAAUGAUGGGCUUGAACCAAAACACACAAAACAAUGGAUUGACUGGAGUAGGCUAUUAUGACAAAAGUAUGCCGCCGGUGGCGCAUAUGAAUAUAGCAACACAAAUGUACCAGAAUCUUACUCCCUAUGGGAGCCAUACGACUGCUAUUUCAAGAGAGCAACAGCAACCCCAAAGCAACUAUGUCCCGUCGUCGGUGAGCAAUGUUAACAAUACGGUAGUACCACCUUCGAGCCAACCAUUGGACGUUAUUGCUCUGGAAUCAAAGCCAGCCAAAAAGACUCGAGGCCGCAAAAAGGCAACGACGACACCGGCAGUGACUGCUGCCACUACUGUUAAUGAAAUUUCUGCAAAAGCCACCCACAAUGCUCCACAGCCACAGAGUGGCACGGGGGUUGCAAAUAGCCAGGUGGCGAACAGUCAGGUGGCAAAUGCAAGUGCUCAACAGCAAAUGAACUUACAUCAUCCGCAGAUGCAAAACAUUCAAGGUUUCCAGCUCUAUGCGGGACUCAAAACUGGCGUAAGUGCACCUUCUAAUAUGCCCUCGUCUACGUCGUCGUCGGAUGCGGGCGCUAUAUCGCUUAAGACUACCGCAGCAGCUGCUGCUAGCAUGGUCCCCGGAAGUGCUUUCAACUUUGGACCAUCACCCGCUGGUUUGGGGCUUUCAGCUGCAGGAAUUUAUGGUGAAAACACUGGCUAUUUAGAUCAAUUUCGCGAUGCUUCUAACCCCUACUACAUGCCGACUCCAACACAUCGAACGGGGACAGCUGAUGCCACCGCAGUGGACAAAACCAACAAUACAGCUGCUGCUUCGUAUCCAUUCCUAGCACACCCAUCCUCAAGGACACCGGCUUUUAAUCCGUUCGUGAACGCUCCGCAGCUGGAUGCCAAUUCGCCGUUUUAUCAGCAAUACAUGCAACGUCAAGACGAUUUCCGAGCUCGGAUGAUGAUCAACCAAGGUCUGCUUGCUCCAGGAGGCCCAGCUGGUUAUCCUCAGCCGGGUGGCUAUCGCGCAUCAUCCCUCGGAAUCCCCAAACCAUACGACAUUAAUCGGCAACCGUGGUUCUAGCAGCAGGAGGAACACGAGCAGCAGCAAUAAAGCUCUCUAAAGCACUAACACUGAAUCUGAAUGAAUCAAAAAUACACACUACUAAAAACCAAAGAGCGGUGAAAUAAGGUUUCAACUUAAAUUUCCCCAAAGUAAACCAUUUAUUAGUAAAAUAAAAAACAAACAAAAAGAACAGGCCUUCCUGGGCAAGUAUACAAAAAUUUAAAUUAGUGCCUACCACAACGUCGUCUUCUUCAGUAAAAUCGAAGAGAUUUUAACUACAGACACUUAACCUAUGUAUAUGUACCAAUGUACCGUACCACAAACAAGAGGACUAGGAGUGAGGUGGUGUAAAAUUUUCUUUGAUUUAAAUUAAAUUAUGUGUGACAUUAAUUUAAUUUAAGUUUUGUUAAAUCUUUGAGAUUUGAUUUUUAUUAUUUUUUGUAUUUCAUUAUUAUGUAGUUAUAUUUUGUUGACGUUAAAUCAUUGAAAAUAUAAAUAUUUUAUAUAUAGGUAUAAAACAAAACAAAAAUAUAUGUAUAACAUUCCUUGAUGUAAAUACUAAGAAUUAAUGAUAACUCUUAAGAGAUUUUGUAAAUAGCUUCAUAUAAAGUUCUUUUUUAGUUUAAAAUAAAUCACUUACAUUUUUAAGCGUAAAGUUUUUGAUAUACGACUAAGAUUGCAAUACAUAUAUUUUUAUUUUUUUUAUUUAGUAUUUUAUAUAUAAACAAAAAAGAUCAACAACAUAAAAACACAACCAAUAUAGCAUAUUUAAUCAGCACUCUAAUUCUAUUUUAUUAAUUCUAUUACAAAGUUUUUACACCGUCAAGGAAAGUCGAUAUAUUUCUUUUUUUUUAAAUUUUAUUUUGUAUUUGUAUUAAAAAAUGUUAUACUAAUUAAAAGAGAAAAUUUAUAUGAUACAUGUAUUUUUGUGUUGAAUUAAGAUUAAAAGCAAAAUUAAGUUAUACAAAAUUUAUAUAUAGAAAUAUUAAUAUCAUUUAAAUGUAAACAAAUUGUUAACCUAAAAUUUGAUUUGUAUAAAUAGAAAACGUAAAAAAAAAGAAAAAAUAUAAAUAUAUUACUUGUGUUAGUUAUUGACAAUAAGUCAUUACACAUAAUUUUAAUGUACCUAGAUUAAAUUUAAGAAACUUGUAUAAAAAGUAAAAUUAAUUUACGAUAAAAUUGCAGGUAUUCUGUAAUAGAGAAAAUUAUGUAUAAAACUAUUAAACAAAAAAUCUAUAUAAAAUAAUUUUAACAAAA